AGCCAGGAAAGCGCCACUUCUGGUCACGCUCUCUCUUUUACUUAAAUCGUCGUGCACACCACAACGAUCCCACACACGCAAUAAAGACCUUGUAUAUAGGAACCACUGUUCUAUUUUUCUCUGGCCCACCAUCUACUCCUAUUUAUGUGAUGGGGAUUUGCAGGCAUCUUUCUCCCUCUACAAUUCUUGGCAUACUAGUAGUUCGUUGUACUAGAAGGCCUCACACAUAGAAGGAGGUUUUUGGAUUACUAGUACUAGAAGAUCCUGGAGGACAUUGUUGUUGUAAGUAUUUAUGAUCCUUUUAUUUGUCGCGUCCACGUAUCUACUGGGUCUCCUCAUCAAUCGAUACGAGUAAGGUUCCACCGUAAACUUGGACGAAAUACAACGGGUUCUUCUGAAACGCGAUCCACCAAACGGUGAAAAACGGUGAAACUGGGUGGUUCUGGUUCACUCCAAGACGUGUUGGAUCUCGAUCUUCUCGUCAGCGUUGACAUUGUGAUGAUCAAAUGAGAAUCAACCUGGAUGAUCCUCUUCGCGUUCUCUCCCCGUGAUCAUUGAUAUGAAGAUUCAUUUUUCUCACCGCUCCGUAGCCGUACACGAUUCUCCAUUCGGUUAUCAAGAAAUCAAAUAUCACACGCAUUCGAACACCGUUUGUUAAAUUUUUGCGAUUCUAAGCAUGGAACAUUAAUGAGAGUACAUCAAUCAUCCGGAGGUUGAUUAUAUCUCCCCAAAUUCUUCAGGUGUAUUUUGGUUGCAACGCUGUGAUAGAAAGAGGCAGCAGGCAUUCUUCUUGUAUCUGAAUGUUUUUGAAAAACGUCAUAGAAAAACUAACUGUCUGAUCGGAUUUAGAGUUGAUUCAUUUGGAUUUUAGAAGUAGGCCCUCGUACCCGACAAUUAAGAGGGUGCUUACCUGCAGAGAACUAUACUACACAUACAUAUCGUCCCAACACAUAAGUACAUGCAGCAUCAUCUUUAUUUGAUUUGUAGUGGAGGUAGUUUUUUGUUUUGCUUUGAAGAUUGAUCUACACAAACCUCCGUCCAUUUCUUGUAGAGUAUACUUACUAUGGACGUAGAUGACCUUAUCCUAGAGCCCCUCACCUACAACGACAAUUCCAUCUAUUCCUUCUGUUUAGAAGAAGGCGGUGGGUUCGUUGUCUAUUGUUGUCGUUGAUCCUUGUCACCAUUCUAGUCCAUCUCCCAUUUUCAUGCUGCUAUAAGAGGUCGAGGGAGAAGAUUUUUCACUGGUUCUUUAAUAACUCUCUCAGAGUAUCAACUCUAAUUUUUUUUCCAACAGCAAGUUAUUGGUCGUUUUUUGCUUAUAAGAAGCAAGUGGUUCCUUUUGUCUAAGUAAGUAGUUCUUUUAGUUCUGAACAAUCGAUGAUGGAGCACUACUCCCUUUGAAUGAGCAUUCUGCCAUUCCGUUUGAAGCGAAGACGAACUGUAAAGUAGACGGAGGACCGAUCAAAAACAGCCAAAGACCUGCGGACAAGUCACCAGAUAAGCCACCUGAGAAGCGUUGUGGGUGCACCAAACGAGCAAAGCUUUUGCACAGGUACUAAAGGGACAAGAUCCUGGUGUACAAAGAGACGCUGGUGGCACUGACUCCACGACAAGAAAAAGAGCUCUGUUUUGGAAGAGUACGCAGUGGCGCGCAAGUUGUCUCUCAAGGAGACGACAAGGAAGUACUACUACAAGUGAAAGAGGAGACAACUCGCGCUUCGCUUUGUAAAGCAAGAAGGAGAAUUAAUCGCUGUGGCUGUGCUACGCAUAAUCCAAGUCCGGUCCUUGCCUCUAGACCGAGAAAAAGGCGUCGUGCAAAUCCACAAGAAGCCCAGUGGUAGAUGAAAAUGAACCGAUAUUACUGACUAGACCGUGCGAAGAUCUUCAAGCCCAGAAAUAGUCACGCUGUGCCAUACUAGAUUGGUUCCAUUCAUAGGAUCAAUCAAAUUUUGUGGAUCACCCACUCUCGCUAGCGGAGGGAUUGCAACUUACAGUUUUGUCCCUUUGUUUGUUCGAAGUGAAGCAACUUUUCUACCAGAAUCGUUACAAAGAAGAAGAAGAAGAAGAGAACUUGAACCUUCAUCCUGUGUAAGAAGAAGAGGAAACCAGCCUCUUGCAUGAUCUAAGACGAAGAAGAAGAAAGAGGAGAAGAAUAAAGAGAUUUCAUCGGUCGGACAGAGCCCAGAGAGCAGACGCCAUCCAAGAAUAUCCGACGCCGAGCAAGAACAAGAAAAACAACAGGCUCAUUUUCUACAACGAUCUUACGUCCAAAAGGAGGAGCACAACAAGGACAUUGCAUACGAUCAAUCAGUGAGGCUCGUUCGACGUUGUUGAGACUGAACAACAUUUGGUACAACGGGAGGGUACAACUUGACGCUGGCACUCAUAGUACCUACUUCUUCGUUCAAAAUUCUGCAGCCCAAUUACGUACUCAGCUGUACCACUUUGGGCACUAACAACACAAACCGUCCGUGCAUCAGCAUCGGUGAUCACUUCUAGCAGCGCGUGAAAUGGCCUCAGAUUUGCCACCCACAUCGGCUCAGAUAGAAAACUAUCGUAGCCGCUUUUCUGCCGCCGCCACUUCUGAGGUACUACAAAUUUUUUCUAUUUCAAGUUAGGCACUCCAACACAAGUAUCAAGGCCUUUGCUCUAAUAAUCUUGAGUUCCAUAUCAAACUGCAUCUAGAUCCUGUAGAUUUUUUGGUUUAUACUACUCGACUUCUGAAGAAUAAGCAUUUUCAUAGUUUUCAUCCUUUUAAACAAUCUUGAUCCUCUAGAAAUUCUUUUCAGGUGGACAAUGCUGUCGUAGGAGCCAUGUCAGAUUACGAAGACGAAGUCGCGGUUCCCUCUCCGGGUCCGCCCCCUCAACUGCCACCGGGCCUCCGUAACAAGAGGUCUAAACAAACAGAGAGUAACUCUGGACGGGACGAACUCGCCCAGAGCUUAAAACGGGAGCUGCGAACAAGCCGCGCCAAUGGAGGAGGCUCGACGAGCAGCCAGGCAAGAGACCAGUACGGCUCGCCAUCGGCCGUCGUAGGAGCCGCCGCCGCGAGCGAGUACGCGCCUGCGCCGCGCAUCACACGUCCCCUGGGAGGAGGCGCAGAUGCAGGAGCAAUGGCCGCCACUGCUCUAAAUGACUCGAUAAGCGAACAUGAUUACACUUCUCGCUCGGAAGCGGAGGAGGCAUUAGCGGCACACGAUUUCUUCUACGACUCGUCACCGUACGCUUUUACCCCACAAGCUGCAGCAGCGGCUGCAGCGUAUGAUCAUUAAUUUUGCUCACACUUUCUCUUAGAUCAUCUUUGUAUCUCCUACCUACAGCUCGUGCCGAUGUUACACGUAGCCCUCAGAGAGUCCUAAUAUGCAAGGUCGAUUAAAGAUUUUUCAUGCGAGCAUAUUUACAUCAAGAAUGUUGAACUCGUACUAUCAUAUAUGUACCAGGGAGGGAGGCCCCCCCCUGUGGAUGGAUCUGUGGUGGACCACGCCAGAGGGGUCCAGCCUGGCCACCUUUGCGCGGUCUGUAUGGUUGGCCACAUGCAGCACGCCAAGGGGGUGGGUCCCGCCUUGCCUCCUCUGCCAGCUCUGUCGGGUACCGCAACACGCCAGAGGGCGCCAGCCUUGCCAUCUUUGCCAGGUCUGCAACAAGGCAGCGGAGCCCUGCCUUUGCCCCUUUUGCCAGGUUUGUAGGGUACACGCAACAAGGCAGCGGGGCCCUGCCUUUGCCACCUUUGCCAGGUCUGUAGGGCACAGGCAACAAGGCAGCGGGGCCCUGCCUUUGCCCCCUUUGCCAGGCCUGUAGGGGACACGACAUGCAACAAGGCAGCGGGGCCCUGCCUUUGCCCCCUUUGCCAGGUCUAUCGGGUACAUGCGACAAGGCGGGAAGGGGUCAGAAGUGGGCGCUUUGAGGCCUUCCCGCCCGGCAGCCCCUCGAAAAGAUGGGCCGGGGCUGACAGGCCCCCCCUCAAAAAGUUAGACCGGGGGGGCCUCCAGCCCGGAGGCCUGGAACUUAUAUGUUCCAGGGCGCGGGGCGACGAUACCCGGGGGGGUGCCGUGCGCCCUGGGCCCCUGUUUACGGCGUCUGCCGUGGGGGAAGGCCUCAAAAGGGGGCCAAGUGGCCUCCCCCCUCCGCUCCCUUCCAGCUGCCUGGCUGUUCCCGAGGGGCCUCCGAUGAUGGUGGGAGGCUUCAAAAGGGGCCCAGGGGACCGCCUGCGCCCGCUUCUCCGCGCAGCGGAAGGCCUCCGAAGGCGGCAAAAGGCGAGGGGCUGGACCCCCUGAGCCGUGCAGCCUGUACCAUCCGGGGCUUCGGUCAUCGGCUUGCCUGCUCUUGCGACCGUGGCCGCCUUCGGCGGCCUUUCACCCUGGAGCCCUCCCGCCUGCGAGGGUCAGCAGAGGCCAGGAGGUCCCUCAGGGACACGCUGAGAGGCCCAAGGGGAGGCCCGCGCCAAGUUUUGACGCCUUCCACCACUAGAAUCCGCGAAAAUCCCCGCGGAAAAGCGCGCGCGCGCCACCACAGACCAGACCACAGGGGGGAGGGGGGAACCGUCCGGCCCUGAGUCAUAUAUUUGGAUACUAGUUUUUAUUUUAGUAAACUUGGACUCUGAUGCACAUGCAAACUCAUGAUUGUUGGAAGAUGUGCUAUCAAUCAAAAGCAUUCUCUUCGACAGGUAUACAAGUCCACCGCCAGCCGCAGCUGCUGUGGGCUACGUAGGAACGCCAGGAGCUUAUCCAGGUGUAUACCCUGCUGCGGCACUGCCUCCUGGGUACUACCCCGCACCACCGGGUUACCUACCGGCCGCUGGAGGGCUCGUGUACCAUCCCGGAGCAGAGCGACCCGUACUAGGUGGUGCGCCCCCGUACUAUGUGGCAGCACCCGGCGGUGUUGUACUUGAGGGAGCGGCCGGUUAUCCACCCACCGCAGCUUUGACUCCGGUGCACAUGCUGCCGCCGGCGUCAUCGGGACGGGCCACGGCCGGCCUUGGUUCCGCGUACAACGAUAUGUCCAUGUCGCGAACGGCACAUAGUCACAGUCACAGCAAGAGUGGCGGGAGCCACGGCGGCAAGAAUAUAGGCGGCGCACUGCUGUCACGCACCACCGCCCCACUGGGUGGCAUUGCGGUCGGACAAAGCGUCAGCGGGUCUUCGCGUAAUGGCAAGGCGGGCGAGCAGUCGGGGGCCUACGCAGGUCGUGGAGGUGCUCUCGACGCUUUGCGGCCCGCCGGUUACGGCAAGGCGAAGGGCAGCGGCCACAGCGGAAGUUAUCAUCGCGGCCCGGGAAACGGCGGACCUAACACCGAAACCUCGCACUCCGGGAACAUUUCAAAAGGGGGCAGUUCCUCAAGCGGAACCGGCAAAGGCUCCAAAUACAGCAACAAGGAUCAUUCUUCAUCCUCCGGCUACCGCACGAAGACAGGCACUCCCAAGAACGGACCUGGGCCCUCAAAUUCGAAAGGAGUCGCUGAAAAGCAAGAGCAAAAGCUCCUGGAAAGAAGUAGUGUAGCGAGGACGGAGGAUGACCGCGAUAUCUACUUCGAUGCAAAACCGCCAAACUUCAUGCUUUGUACUGCUAAUGUUUACUUGCUUUUUGAUUUUCGCUUCCACGGGACACACUUUUGCUACACUUUUACGAAGUCUACAACAUAUUUUUUAGCAAGGCAAGCACUGAAGUCGACACAACAAGUCACCAUGUUUGGAAAACUAACCUAUGUAUACGUAUAAGUAGCUAGAUGUUUCAGUUUUCUACAUUCUGAACAAACAACAGCCGUGCGCAUGCCCGACGUACUCCGGGAGCUGUAUUACAUGACAUUGUUUUACAUGAUUGAUUUCCGGCGAUACGAGAAACGGCGAUUGCAGGUGAUGCGGAAGGAGCAAUUUCAUCUGACAAUAGCCGCUCUCCGUAUUGAGACUGAUGAGGAGCUCCAACGCGUCCGGAAAUGGAUGGAUAAAAUGGAUUUUCACAAGCUUUUCCAAGAUGUAGACCUCGAAGGCGGAGACUUUCGUACUCAAUUUUUACUCGAGUUCUAUACGUCAACAACUUUAAAAUUGACUUUCUUUCUUGUCGAAGGUCUACUACGUGGUUUGAAGAGAUAAAUCGUUUAACAAUUAGGUCAACUAAGAAAUGAAAGCUAGCAUGCACCCAUGCUGUCAUGUCGAUUGAAGCAACCUAAGCAUUAUCCUUGUUGGCAAUUCCCAGGUCUUAAUACCGGUCCCGUGAUAAAUGUGCCAAUGCAUUCAAAGCAAGCAGACGCAAUAGAAGCCGCCUUGGAAAACAUUCUUGCUGGACUGGACAAAAUUGGCAUUGUAGCAAAAGCGCCACCACGAGAUGGUAUGUGAACAGCGUUCUUCGAUGAGUUAUUAUUUCAUGACCUUAUCAUAAAGUAAGUAUCGAAAUUCGAAAUUCAUUUGAACAUUCACGACCGCUUACUUGCUUUCUUUGCUUCGAUCUUUUCUCAAAGGCAUCGUGUUCUAGCCAAAAGCAGAACUUUGUAAGUGACUCUAAUUCUUUCAUGAAAGACAAAUGAGCAUGAGAUUGAAAACCUACCAUAAAUGAAACCAACAUAAAUAAGGCGACGUCCAGCUUUAUAUGACAUUGGUGAAGCAUCGGAAGUAUUUGACGAGCUUUUCUUGGGACCGCUCCUUCUCGAACUGCUCGGUGAUUAAGCACCUCUGUUCGAACGGGAACCUGGAAGAAUAUGACUGGGAGCAGCGAAAAGAAGCCAGAGAUGCGAUCGAACCCUUGCCGCUGCCUGAUGAUUCCGAUGAAUCGCAUCCGAUCACCACUUUGGACCUUUGUCGGAUUAACGGGAAUAACACGGAAACCGAGCACAAGUUCUACGCCACCAGGCAUAUCAAGGACUACUAUGAGGUAGUAGUUUCUCUCUAUGAUUGAUGUUACUAAGUAGUACUUCUAGUAGAUCGAGAUCUCCACGAUGCAUAAGCCCUGUUUGUACACUUUUUUUCUUUUUUUAGAUGAAAACUUUUUGUAAAGAGCGAAAGUCAAAGGCUUCUCCUACCCACGACAGGUGUGCCAUGCUGUCGGAUUGCGGUUGCAUGUCGGAGUGAAGAACCUGACGUUUUUGUCGAGGUACAUGCAGGAGAUAGAGGCUGAAACGGGCAAGCGGCUGAAAAUGAUGACCGAGACAGAGCUCGACGAGCACGAGGAGCAGAAACGGCAGCGCCGGCUCCAGCUGAUGGAGCAAAGAAGGCAGGAGAAAGACGAAAAGCGCCUGCAGGAAGCCCUCGAAGCGGGUGGCGGGACUCUGGUCUAUCUGCCCCACGAUCAAUACCUUGGAAAAGGGACCGGUACGGGUGGAUCAGCAUUGCAUAGCGCUGCGGCGCCACCCAGUGGGGUUCCCACGACACUCGGAUCCACCCCUGUCCGUGGCACGCCGCUGCAGUCCAUCGCUCUGGCUCCCGGAUCCCCGAAAGCCCCCACCGCAAUAACACAGAUGGCCACCCACAUUAUGGACGGCUCUGGAAGCGGGAGAUACAGAGGCGAAGACGGGGCCCUAACAGGCGUGCCGGAAAGUGCCACAAGUUACUCAAAUGGGAGAAUGUACUCAAUGAUUUAAGUCGAUGUUGCAAAAGGCUGUUUAAGUUCUACGCACUGGUGUCCCUUCUGCUUCAAAGCUUACUUGAUGUCCUCUUCGCUGAGGUAGUUCCAGUUGGAAAGCUCUUCUUCGAGUAGUUGUUGUUCUUGGUUGAUGGUAACGACCAGAUUCUUUCCUUCGAGCGAUCUUUUGAUAAUAAUCUUUUUCUGAUCAAUUGUUUCAGGAGUGCCGCGGCAGCUAAAAAUGUAGAGUCAAUGGGCUAUUACGCAGCACCUGCGACCUUCCCCGGAGCAGAGCGGACACCACGACAUGUAGACGGGACUGAAAGCCUCGCAGCCGUUUCUGCGCCGCCAGGUCUGGUUGCGUAUUUGCCGAGUCCCCGGUAG